CAGGAAAACCUGGCAUUUUGUAUCCAGACCCGAGCAAGAUAAUCGCCAGAAAAUACAAACAUCAACCGCACAUCUACAAUACAAUUACAUACAUUCACAUACAUUCACCAUGGAGUCAGUAUCUCAGCCACCCCGAUCGCAAGACGACGCACAAUCCAAUCCCGUUUUCAACAUCGACUUCUCAUGGAAGAAGUCUCGAAGUCUCGUCACCGAGCAGGGUAGAUCUUCUGAACCUGCCUAUAUCAUCGACUUCAAGGCCCUGUCGUCCCCACACAUUAUAUUCCGAUCUGCCCCCGAUGAACGCAUUAUCGGGACUGGCACGAUUCAUGCCGUUUCCAUCAACGCCAACUACGAAAUCCACGGCCGGAAAGGCCAACUGAAAGCCCUCAAGCGUCUCGCAACUGAGUACACCUACCUUUCAUUGGCCUUCUCCGACGACGGAACCCAAGAAGCAAUGAGGUGGACCGCCAACUGUGCGCUCAAGACCUGGGACUUUAUCUGCCUUGACGAACAGCAGAUGCCCGUGGCAAAAUUCUCCGUGAACACGUUCGCUGCGAAGAAAUAUGUCAACAUUGAAUUCAUCGGGCCGAAAGCAACCUCGCAGGAUGCUCAAGAGGAGAUUCUGGUAACGGGUAUGACCCUAUACCAGUGCAUGUUGCUCCGCUGUAACAACAUGUUUUCCUUAAUCGGGGCUGCUAUUGCAAACCCAGGCCCCCUGGAAAAAGAUGUCGGUGUGGCGGCAAAGGUCCAGUAGCUAGUGACUGAGAGGAAGACCAUGUCGAGGCAGUGGCAUGGUAAGGAGCUAUGGAGAUGAGCUGUUGGAGCAGAUGGUAUGAUUACUGUGUUUUAGAAAUAGGUCUGGACUGUUGUGGCGUCGUCGAUGGAAGUUGGCACUGGAGCGUCAAGGGGAAUCAAAUCAAUGAGAAACUAUCACUUCAAGUUUACCCGGCAGACUUCUCUCGAGCAUCGUGAAACUAUGUACUGAUUACUU